AAGUCGAAGUAACCCUGCACGUUGCCUCGGCGUGUUUUAGCCCUAUGUCAUGGGUAACGAAAGACCGGACGCUCAGACAUGUCAGGCAGAAUACUUGGCCGCCAGAUUCUCUGCGCAAACGUGCAUUCAAUGCACAGAAACCAGAUCCUGACGCACUCAAGGGUAGUCAGGCUCUGGGUUAUGAUCAAUCUUCCUUCGUUUUGGCGCCUUCAAGGCCGUGCAACCAGCGAGAACCAUCUCAACACUCGAAAACUGCUUCUUCAACGCCUCGUUUUCUUCCUCAAGCUGUCGAAUGCGCUUCCGCGAUGCAGAUUCCGAAUUCUCAUCAGACUCGGCGGGCCUGCUAGCAGUGGGCUUCAUCGACCGCAUCUGCACAUCAAUGCUCGCAAUCCAGGCAUCCCUUUC